AUGUCAGAUUCAGGUUAUACUGAAAGUGGAACAGGAGGUGAUGUUUUUAAAGUUGAUUUAAAUAAACAAUUUGAAGCAGCAGAUAUGGCAUGGAUUGGAACUGCUGGUGUAUUAGUUUGGAUUAUGAUACCUGGAGUUGGAUUAUUAUAUUCUGGUUUAUCAAGAAAAAAACAUGCAUUAUCAUUAAUUUGGGCAUCAAUAAUGGCAAUGUGUUUAACAAGUUUUCAAUGGUUUUUUUGGGGUUAUUCAUUAGUUUUUGCUCAUAAUGGAUCACAAUUUUUAGGUACUUUACAAAAUUUUUGUCUCAAGGAAGUAUUAGGAGCUCCUGCUAUAGUUAAAACUGUUCCAGAUAUUUUAUUUUGUUUUUAUCAAGGUAUGUUUGCUUCUAUAACUGGUAUUUUAAUGGUUGGUGCUGGUUGUGAAAGAGCAAGAUUAGGUCCAAUGAUGGUUUUUUUAUUUAUUUGGAUGACUGUUGUUUAUGCUCCAAUUGCUUAUUGGGUAUGGGGUGGUAAUGGUUGGUUAUUUAAUUUAGGUGCAUUAGAUUUUGCUGGUGGUGGACCAGUUCAUGAAAAUUCUGGAUUUGCUGCUUUAGCUUAUUCUUUAUGGUUAGGUAAAAGACAUGAUCCUGUUGCUCAAGGUAAAGUACCAAAAUAUAAACCUCAUUCAGUUAGUUCAGUUGUUUUAGGUACUGUUUUCUUGUGGUUUGGUUGGUUUGGUUUUAAUGGUGGUUCAACUGGUAAUGCAAAUAUGAGAUCAUGGUAUGCUUGUGUAAAUACUAAUAUUGCAGCUGCAUGUGGUGGAUUAACUUGGAUGUUUAUUGAUUAUUUUAGAACUGGUGGUAAAUGGUCAACUGUUGGUUUAUGUACUGGUGCAAUUGCUGGUUUAGUUGGUAUUACUCCAGCAGCAGGAUAUGUUCCAGUUUAUACUUCAUUAAUAUUUGGUAUUGUACCAGCUAUAAUAUGUAAUUUUGCAGUUGAUUUAAAAGCUUAUAUUGGUAUUGAUGAUGGUAUGGAUGUUUGGGCUUUACAUGGUGUUGGAGGAUUUGUUGGAAAUUUUAUGACUGGUAUUUUUGCAGCUGAUUAUGUUGCAAUGAUUGAUGGUACUGAAAUUAAAGGUGGUUGGAUGAAUCAUCAUUGGAAACAAUUAGGUUAUCAAUUAGCUGCUAGUGUUUCAGUUGCUGCUUGGUCAUUUGUUGUUACUUCCAUAUUAUUAUUAGUAAUGGAUAGAAUUCCAUUUUUAAAAAUUAGAUUAAGUGAAGAAGAAGAAAUGUUAGGUACAGAUUUAGCACAAAUUGGAGAAUUUGCUUAUUAUGAUGAACAAGAUGAUCCAGAUAAUUCACCAUAUUUAUUACAACCAAUUAGAUCAACACCAGCAAUGAAAGAAAAAUUAGCUAUAUCAAAAUCUCGUCAACAAGAAAUUAAUAAAGGUGGUGUAUCAAAAAAUACAACAAACACAACUGGAGAUGAAGAAGAAUUAGUUGAUCCUAUUUAUGCUACUGCUGGUCCAGAAACAAUUGAUGGGGUAUCUAAAGAAACUGGAGAAGAUUUAACUCCAAAUAUGUCAAAUACUGACUCGAUAAAAGAAUUUCCUAAAAAAUAA